AUGACUUGCUUGGAUGGACGGUUAGGAUUGGAGUCAAAGUCAGAAAAGCCCAUGUGGGGGGUGUUAGGUGGUGGAGUAGGUGAGGAUGGAGUGCGACAUGGCAAGUCAUUGAAAGAACGGUGCUGGUCUAUAUUAUCGAGAAUUGCGUUUUCAUGUGCUGAAAAAGAAUUCGAUGACGUUGUUGCCGAUCUGUUAAACACAUCGGCGGAUGCACAUCAAUGGUUGAUGCAGAAAUCCGAUCUGGCGCACUGGGCGAACUACAUGUUCAAAGGUGAGAGAUGGGGGGAGAUGUACUCAAAUGUGGUGGAGUCAUUUAGUGCAUGGAUAAAAGAGGCACGCCACCUCCCUGUCACAAACAUGGUAGACUCGAUAAGGUUUAAGCUGAUGGGCAUGUUGUGUCAUCGACGUGAACAAUCUCACAGAUGGGAGAGACGUCUAUGUCCUGUCAUACAUCGAAAGAUUGAGGAACUUGUUGAAAAGUCACACAACCUACUAAUCGGCCGUUCCGACAAUGACCAUUUUGAAGUGGUUGACCAGAAGAACUACUGCAUCAGUUUGAACGCUCGGACAUGCUCAUGUCGUAGGUGGCAGGUAUAUGGCAUUCCAUACAAACAUGCAUGUGAGGCAAUACUGCAGACAGACACAAAUAUUUAUCGAUAUGUCGAUGACUACUUCACAUUGGACUCUUACCGACAAGCAUAUGCAGAAGCCAUAUUUCUAGUACCAAAUAAUGACAAACCAGAUGAUAUCAACCGUGAACUGCUUGUGCGCCCUCCAAUCACCAAGAAGUCAGUUGGUCGGCCAAGACGGAAGCGUAUGGAGUCGCAAGCAUCAAUCGUUCGCGAAUUACGAUGCAGCCGUUGGCAUGAUGCUAGUCAUAACUGUAGAUCCUGUAAUGCAUCGAUAGCUGACUGA